GUUGUUAUGAACUCCGCUCUGUCAUUGGCAUCUGAUCUCGGCGUCCUUCGUGGCAACUGAUUCCCAGAUUAUUGAUAUUAUUGAUUGUUGGAUACAUCGAUUGAUCGUCUGCUUCUCCCAUCAUUCAGGUUUGACCCUUGUUAUCACACUGUGGUUUGUGUUCAGUAUGUCUUGUGUUCAUUACAGGUUUCAGAGUCGACUCACCUACGACUCGCUCCAGUUUGAUGGCCUCAACAUCACUGUGGGAGAGCUGAAGCGGCAGAUCAUGAGGCGCGAGAGGCUGAAGUUCUGCCAGCUGAAGAUCAGCAAAGCCCAAACUGAUGAAGAAUACACAGAUGAUGAUGCUCUCAUCCCCAAAAACACAUCGGUCAUCAUCAGACGGGUCCCUGCGGCUGGACUGAAGUCCUCCAACAGAAGAUUUGUUGGACAUCAAGCUGGAUUAUCAGCUAAAUCUUCUCAAACAGGUGAUUCUUCACUCCUCUCACUGGAGCAGCUGUUGAAGACUGAGAAUCUGGCUGAGGCAAAGGCAUCAGAGGAGGACAAGCUAAAAGCGGUGAUGUACCAGUCCAGUCUGUGCUACUACUCCAGCAGGUGAGC